GUGACAGAGUCUGUCAAUCUUCGUGAAACUGGAUUCUGAUUGGCUGCAGUGUGGAAAUGGGCGUGUGCAGCCCCUGACAGAGAGCGGAGGGAUCAGGCAUAGCUACAGGCGCUGAAGACAAACCUGCAUUUCAUAUACAUUUAAAAGUUUAUUAAAAAGAAGAUAUCAAGCGUUUAUCUGUAUUGUAUGUUUUUGAACUAUUUCGGACCUGGAAUUUGAGGGAAAGAAUAUUAAAAAUAAUAAUAAUAAACAGCCCCGAAUCGCACCGCUCUCGCUCGUGCAAGACUUCACCAUCUUCUCAUCGAAAGACGGGGGCUGGCGAUGGAGUCCCCGGUGGAUGUCUCCAGGCUGGAGCAGGAGGUGGUGGAGGAGCUGGGGGUGUCCAUGGAGGAGCUGCGGGUCUGGAUCGAUGAGGAGGUGGAGAAGUGUGACUUCUUCAAGCAGCGCAAAGCGCAGCUGAGCGAGCUGGAGAGCUGGGUGCAGCAGAAAGAGGCCGAGGUGGAGUCUGUGGACAAGCUCUUCGUGGACGCUUCACAGUCCGUGGUGGACUGCGAGGCUCUGGUGAAGGAGCUCUACGCCAAGCUGAGUCUGAGCUAUCGGGAGAGCAGCUCCGAGGACGAGGACGCGGCUUCCAAGGGGGGCAAAGAGGGUGAGGUCAUUGAGAUCGACGACGAGGAAGACGAGGACGAGGACCAGGUGGUGGACGUGGAAGGCGUCGUUCCUGCAACGAAGCUACCAGCUACCCCAACCACCAAGGAUCCAGCAAUGUUUAAAGACGCCAUGGCCGCUAUGAAGAAGUCUGCUCAGGAGGUGCAGAAGUUCGUGGAUGCCGUUUCCAAGAGCAGCCCGGAGCCCCCCUCCACCUCCCUGCUGAAUCGAGGACCCCCAGCCCCUCAGAGUCUCUCCUCCCAGCCCCCGCAGCAGGCAGGGGGUGUCGCAGUGAAGGAGGGGGAGCUGGUGCUGUACAUGCGCAUCCUGGGCAAGAAGAGGACCAAGACCUGGCACAAGGGCACCCUGAUCGCUAUCAACCCCACGGGCUCGGGCAGCUUCAAAUACAAAGUGAAAUUCGACAACAAGGGGAAGAGCCUGCUGUCAGGAAACCACGUGGCGUUCGAUUACCACCCCGCGCUGGACAAGCUGCACGUGGGCGCCCGCGUGGUAGCCAAGUACAAGGACGGGAACCAGGUGUGGCUCUACGCGGGCGUGGUGGCAGAGAUGCCCAACAGCAAGAACAAAAUGAGGUUUCUGAUCUUCUUCGAUGACGGCUACGCCUCUUACGUCAGUCUGCCAGAGCUGUACCCGAUCUGCAGGCCGUUGAAAAAGACCUGGGAGGAUAUCGAGGAUGCUUCCUGCCGUGACUUCAUCGAGGAGUACGUCACCUCCUACCCCAACCGGCCAAUGGUGCUGCUCAAAGCGGGUCAGCUGAUCAAGACGGAGUGGGAGGGGACCUGGUGGAAGUCCCGCGUGGAGGAAGUGGACGGCAGCCUGGUCAAGAUCCUCUUCCUGGAUGUUGGUGCUCUGUUCCAGGAUGAUAAGCGCUGUGAGUGGAUCUACCGCGGCUCCACGAGGCUCGAGCCCAUGUUCAACCUCAAGAUGAACACGGCCAACUUCCAGGAGAAGAAGCAAGCCGGGCUGCAGCGGACCCGGCCGAACAUGGGCGCCCUGAGGUCCAAGGGGCCGGUGGUUCAGUACACCCAGGAGCUGAGCGGGACGGGCCCGGCCAAGCCAGCCGCACCGGGACCCCAGCCCAGGAUCCUGCCCAAGCCUGACUCCCCGCAGACGCAGCCCCCCAGGAACGAGAGUCCGGACAGCCAGGUGUCGUCUCAGAGCCGCAACAAGCAGCAGGUAGCAAAGAAGAGCACGUCCGCCUUCGGGGCGCCCAAGACGCCCCCCUCCUCCUCCUCCCCCGCUGAGAGCCAGAGCCAGAGCCAGAACCAGAACCAGAGCCAGAACCAGAACCUUACCAGGACCCUGAUCCCAACCUCGCACCCCAGGUAUUUCUUACUCCACACCGCUACCACCACACCCCUCCAGCAAACCCAGCAGCAGCAGCAGCAGCAGCAGCAAAUCCUCCAGCAACCGUCCUCCACCACCUCCUCCUCCUCCUCCCCUCAGCUCUACCACUCCUCCCUGAGCGACCGCAUGCCCCUGGAGCCCUCCUACCAGGCCCCCAGCGAGAAGCUCUUCUACGUGCCCCACAGCUGCGGCCCGGGCUGCCUGGACCGACUCCGCCCCGCCCGGCUGGACCAGUUCCGCGGCCGCAACCCGCUCCUCGUCCCCUUGCUGUACGACUUCCGGAGGAUGACGGGCCGGCGACGGGUGAACCGGAAGAUGUGGUUCCACGUGAUCUACAAGUCCCCCUGCGGGCUGAGCCUGCGCAGCAUGCCGGAGAUCGAGCGCUACGUGUUCUCCACCCGCUGCGACUUCCUCUUCCUCGAGAUGUUCUGCCUGGACCCUUACGUGCUGGUGGACCGUCGCUUCCAGCCCCAGAAGCCCUUCUACUUCGUGAGAGACAUCACCCGUGGCAGGGAGGACGUGCCGCUGUCCUGCGUCAACGAGAUCGACAUGACCCCGCCCCCCAGCGUGGCCUACAGCAAGGAGCGGCUCCCGGGCAAGGGCGUGGCUAUCAACACCAGCGGGGACUUCCUGGUGGGGUGCGACUGCACUGACGGCUGCAGAGACAAGUCCAAGUGUGCGUGUCACCAGCUGACUCUGCAAGCCACCACCUGUACCCCAGGGGCGCAGAUGAACCCCAGCGCAGGCUACACGGACAAGAGGCUGGAGGAGUGCCUGCCCACGGGGGUCUAUGAGUGUAAUAAGCGCUGUGGCUGCAACCCUCAGAUGUGCACGAACAGGCUGGUGCAGCACGGGCUGCAGGUGAGGCUCCAGCUGUUCAAGACUCAGAACAAGGGCUGGGGCAUCCGCUGCCUGGACGACAUCGCCAAGGGCUCCUUCGUGUGCAUCUACGCAGGUAAAAUCCUGACUGACGACUUUGCCGACAAGGAAGGCCUGGAGAUGGGGGACGAGUAUUUCGCCAACCUGGACCACAUCGAGAGUGUGGAGAACUUCAAGGAGGGCUACGAGAGCGACGCCAAGUGCUCCUCGGACGGGAGUGGUGUGGACGUGAAGGGAGGGGCCAGGGGCGGGGCCUUGAGGCUGGGCCGGCCCGGGGGGCGGGGCCAGGGAGGGCCGGCGCAGCGGCGGGACAGAGAGAACGAAGACAACAGCGACCGCUCGGACUCGGACUCCGAUGACGAGGACGAGGAGGAGGAGGAGGACGACGACGACGAUGAAGAGGAGGAGGAGGAGGAGAGCUCGGACGACAACUUCUGCAAGGAGGAGUUCUUCAACGCCAGCUCGGUGUGGCGCAGCUACGCCACCCGCAGGCAGACCCGCGGCAUGAAGGAGGGGGGCGCUGUCGUUGCUGCCGCCGCGCCGGGGGGGGACAGUAAGGAGGGUCUGUCCCGGCAGCAGAGCCUGGAGGACAGCCAGCCCCCCGUGUCGGAGGAGACUGGGAAGAACAAGGUGGCGUCCUGGCUGAGCGGCAUCAAGCAGGAGCAGAACAAGCCCGUCAAGAAGGAGCCGCAGCAAGACAAGGUGAAGAGGGAAACGGGAGCGCUGGCUACAUUAAAAAGGGCCAUUGACCAAGGAGGCUCGGCGCUCCAGUGGGUAAAGAAAGGGGGCUUGUUCAAAUCCCGGCUCAGCCACUGACUCCGU